CCUCAGCUGUUUCGUGUUUCGAGACUCGCUUGCGCGUCAUUCGAGCUCGGAGCUCGUCCAAGGCCCAUUCGCACUUGCCGAGCCUCCUGAAGCUUUGCCGGCUGGCUUGUCAGCUGCUUCGUUCAUAGAAGAUGGCUUCUCAGGUGCACGAAUUUAAAGUGGAAAUGACCUGCGAGGGUUGCUCUGGCGCCGUGCAGCGAGUCCUCGGGAAGUUGCAAGGCCAAGGCGUGAACAAGGUUGACGUCGAUUUGAAGGAUCAGAGGGUGUACGUAGAUUCGUCGCUGACUUCUGAGGAGCUUCUCGGAGUUCUGAAGAAAGCUGGCAAGACAUGCUCCUACGUAGGUGUGAAGAAGUAGGCGGUGCCACGCUGGUACCGUCGAGUGUUGGCCAAUGAUCGACAGGUUGAACAGCCCAAUUUGCAUACAUGAGCAUUUGUUAACUGUGUGUUCGUGUUGCUACGUCAUGAUGUGUUAAAGCGCUAUCUUUCGGUUACCUUUCGGGUAUUAUACCUAUAACGACUUGUCCAGCGGUGUAUAUGAACUCCUGUUUGAACUGAUUAUUCUGUUGUGUAUUAGUGUUUCCCUUGUAGUGUAGACCUUCACGCACUACAAUAAACAUACUAGCGGUGUAUUUCA